AUGCGUGCUAGUUUCCUGUAUCGCGCCUUCGCCAUCUCCCCUCCCUCCAGUCGUUCGUCCGCUGUCCGCUCCCCUCCCAUCACCUUCGCGGGUCCUCUCCUCCCUCCUCGUCGCCCUCUCUUUCUCCCCUCGCUCAUGCUGUCGUCGCCGAAAUGCCCCCUUCCAUCGCCUUUCAUCUCUCCCCUCCCAUCACACACCGUCGCCUAUGCUCUUGGUCUGAAACGCCCUCCCCCCGCCCUUCCUCCCUCCCCUCUCUUCAUUUUUCCCGUCACCCUCGCGCUCUUUCACAAACGUCGCAUGCGCGCUUUCCCUCCCGCCGCCUUUGCGCUUUCCUUCCCUGCGCGCUUUCCCUCCCAUCGCCUGCGCUUUCCAUCCUGUCGCCGUAGCGCUCUCCCUCCCGUCACCUUCGCGCUCUCCCUCCCGUCGCCCUUGCAAUCUCCCCUCCUAUACCGUCACCCACUUCAUCUCCUAUCGCUCACGUUCCUCCUUUCCCCUCCCAUCCCGUCGAUCGCCUCCUCUCCCCUCCCAUCCCGUCGAUCGCCUCAUCUCCCCUUCCAUCCCGUCGAUCGCCUCCUCUCCCCUCCCAUCCCGUCGAUCGCCUCCUCUCCCCUCCCAUCCCGUCGUACGCCUCCUCUCCCCUCCCAUCCCGUCGUACGCCUCCUCUCCCCUCCCAUCCCGUCGUUCGCCUCCUCUCCCCUCCCAUCCCGUCGUUCGCUCUCCUCUCCCCUCCCAUCCCGUCGUUCGCCUCCUCUCCCCUCCCAUCCCGUCGUUCGCCUCCUCUCCCCUCCCAUCCCGUCGUUCGCUCUCCUCUCCCCUCCCAUCCCGUUAUUCCUCUUUCUCCCCAUCGCAAUCGUUCUAUCCGUUGGUGAUACCUUGUAG